AUGGCCGGGUAUGAACUGCAUCAAGGGCAUCUAGCCUCCUUAGAACAUCCUUCGCCGUAUUCAAGUCCCCAGACAGGCGCCGGUGGCCAGAAGCGGCCAGCCGAGCCACAACAUCAUCUCAAUAGUAAUGUUUCUAGCAAUUCCAUAAAGAAACCGAAGAGGAAGUCCAUCUCGAUAGUACGGCUAGCCCAGCCCAGCAUGCGUCUGAUAUCGAACACCUACCGUGAAUGUAGGCCUGCGGUGCCUGCCGCUUUCGAAAAACGAAGUGCAGCGGAGAGGUUCAGUGCCAGUUGUGCAGAGCGCAAGGCCGAGAUUGUGUGUACAAGCAUCAAAACGAAAGAAAUUCUACUGGACAUUAUCGCGAGUCUAAGGAGAAUAGAGAUUAAACUGGGUAUUGGGAACAGCCCCGGGAACUGGGCUAGCACCCCAGAUAUUGCAGCAUCUCCUACCUUUGGAAGGCCAGCUACACUGGAUGAACCCGGCAAAGGCCAAGGUGCUUUAUCACCGAGCAUCGAGUCUGUCCAAGGGAACAGUUCGGCUGCUAUUAGUCCGCAGCCUAGCCAGCACGAGGACUCACCCCUUACACCGUGA